GCCGCCAUGGCUUGGCCCUGCAUCAGCCGAGUGUGCUGCCUGGCGCGCUUCUGGAACCAGCUGGACAAGUCGGACCUGGCCGUGCCGCUCACCAUCCACAAUUACUCCGACAUCGAAGAGCCGGCCGAAGAGGGGGCGGACGCGGCCGGCGGCAGCGGCCCCCAGCAGCCUCGGAUCCCAACAGGUGGCAGCACCGGCACCGGCACCGGCAGCCGAGCCCCUGCCCAGCCGCGGGCGACCGCUGCGCUGCCCGUGUCGGCGUCCGCCCCGUCGCUGCAGCAGCAGCAGCAGCAGCCGGACAGCCUGGUGGGCGCCAGGAGGCCGUCGAAAAAGACGAGCCACCGCAAGGAGCCCUUCGCCGCCGAGACUCAGUACCAGCAGGAUUUCCGCGCGUGGCCGGUACAGAAGAGGGACGCCUUGCCGUGGGUCGGCGACAGCAGGAGGGGGGAGCCCCCGGGAGCGCCCCCCGUCGCGGCGGGAGCCUCCGCCGAGGCCGCCCACGCAGGGAUGGUCCCGGGGGGCUCCCACGUGUACGUGCUGCCAGCGGGCGGCCAGCAGGUGGGCAGCAAGUACAGCGGAGGCUUCAAGCAGGUGUGGGCCUCCUCCUCGCCGCCAGGCGUCCCCAAGACCACCUCCUACAGGCAUGAAUAUCGUCCAUGGACUGGGGCAAAACGAUCAAGGCCCACAAAGACAACACAAGGGUUCAUUAUCCCAGAAGAUCACUUUGUGCAAGAAUCUAGCUACAGAGCAGACUUCAAGUUCCCAGAAGCGAAGGCCAAGUUUUCGCCAAACCCUUCAGCUGUUUUCCAGGCACCGUCUCGCAUCCUCAAUGUAUGA